GCGCCUCGGAAAAACAACAACAAUCACCACAGCGGAGCCCGGAGAGAGAGAGAGAGAUAUGGCUCCCUGAAGCCCGAGCCUUGUGGCCCUCAGCGCAGCACGUAUCCCGGCCCCACCCGCUGCCGUUUCUACCGGAGCUGUACACGCCGAUGUUGUCGAGUCCAUGAACCUGGCCAGUCAAAGCGGGGACGCUGGCGGAAGCCAGCUUCUCUUCGCCAACUUCAACCAGGACAACACGUCCUUGGCUGUUGGCACCAAAUCGGGAUACAAGUUUUUCUCCCUGUCCUCUGUGGACAAAUUGGAGCAGAUAUAUGAAUGUACGGACACAGAGGAUGUCUGCAUCGUGGAGCGCCUGUUCUCCAGCAGCCUGGUGGCCAUCGUGAGCCUAAAAGCGCCGAGGAAGCUCAAAGUCUGUCACUUCAAGAAGGGAACCGAGAUCUGCAACUACUCCUAUUCCAACACCAUACUGGCAGUCAAGCUCAACAGACAGAGGCUGAUCGUGUGUCUGGAGGAGUCCCUUUACAUUCACAACAUCCGCGACAUGAAAGUGCUGCACACCAUCAGAGAAACUCCACCCAACCCUUCAGGAUUGUGCGCCCUUUCCAUCAGCAACGAUAACUGUUACCUGGCGUACCCGGGCAGUGCUACGAUAGGAGAAGUCCAGGUGUUCGACACAGUCAACCUGCGAGCGGCUAACAUGAUUCCGGCCCACGACAGCCCAUUAGCAGCUCUGGCUUUCGACGCCAGUGGAACCAAAAUGGCCACGGCCUCGGAGAAGGGAACAGUCAUUCGAGUCUUCUCCAUCCCCGAGGGACAGAAGCUUUUUGAGUUUCGGAGAGGAGUCAAGAGGUGUGUGAGCAUCUGCUCGUUGGCGUUCAGCAUGGAAGGACUCUACCUGUCCGCCUCCAGCAACACGGAGACGGUGCACAUCUUCAAAUUAGAGACGCAGAAGGAGAAGUAUGUGCCAGCGGAGGAGCCCACCACAUGGGGAGGGUACCUGGGCAAGGUCCUGAUGGCGUCCACCACCUACCUGCCUUCUCAGGUUACGGAAAUGUUCACCCAGGGGCGAGCCUUCGCUACCGUACGUCUGCCUUUCUGUGGACAUAAGAACAUCUGCGCUUUAGCUGUAAUUCAGAAGAUUCCAAGGUUGUUGGUGGCAGCUGCUGAUGGUUACCUGUAUCUGUACAACUUGGAUCCACAAGAGGGAGGGGAGUGCACACUAAUGAAGCAGCACAGGUUGGACGGCAUUGCUGAGCCAGCCAAUGAGAUCCUUGAGCAGUCACAUGACCGCCCUCUUAUGGCCCAAACCUACAGUGCUGCUGCCGCUAAAGGUUACUGUGAAGAGCAGGGAGCCGUGGGAGGGGCGGGCCUAGAAGAUGACCUCAACGACCUGCACCUAGAGGAAGAGAACGAGCAACCGCCACUCAUCCUUGAAACUGACUGACUUGGUACCGACCAAUCAGAGGGCUCCUCUGGUGCUGCUACGAACGUGUGACACAAGGAGGGCGGGAUCAGAGACAGGAGGAGAGGAGGGGGGGGUGUUUUUAAACACUCCAAAGUGUUCGAGAGCCUGUCUGUUUGUGCGUCUGUCCGUUCACAUCCAUGUCUAUCUUUUCUCCCUCCCUCCUGCCUCGGCCCCCCUUUUCUCUCAGUUUGCCUGCGCAGGUCAAACUGACGCUUUGCAUGUACAUGUGCCAACUGCUAAAACCAUGCUCCCAUGUGAAAACGAGUAUCUGCGCGCGUGUGUGUGUGUUGGACGUUUGAUAAAAGAAAACAAAUGUAGCUGUGUCUUCACUUAAGACACACAGACGCAAGCACCGUGUAUAAUGGAAGUGUUUGUGUAAGUGCCUCUCUGCUUCAGCGCCGUGCUUUUGUUCUGUUUGAGAGGAGGGGGGGCGUCUUUGCAUUGGCUUAAAAGAAAACAAUCUAUUUUCAGAUGUCGGAUCUUAAUCGACUGUGUAUACCAUCUUUCUUUUUUUCUUGGGGCCCCGUGAGUGAUCACUCGUCCGGCUCAAGUUUAACCUCCAAAGAUUGAUUUAAAAGCCUUUGGCACGAGGCGGAGGUGUUUGCGUUUAAGAGUGUGUUUGUGCGCUUGUGCUGACAGCUUGUGUGUGUUGGGCAUGUACAUUAGCAAAAGACUGAGUAAUUAGCCUCAUUUGUCCCCCAAAUCCGCCCCCCACCCCCCCUCUCACUUUCCACUUCACCCACACAGAGGCUCAGUGAACCCUGCCGCCCCCCCCCCUCCUCAGGCCCGCAGUCUUUGGUUUGAUUCUUAAACUCCAGUAGUGAUGAUUUCUUUCCUAAAUCGUACGUACCCGAUAAUAGCCACCGGUGUGUCAUGCGUUAGAAAACAUGCAUGGUGUUGUCAACGUGGUCCUUUGUCCAUACAUCAGAGACACUCGUGGGGGGCGGGGGGGGGGGGUCGAGAGGUCGGUGGAGAGAGGUGGUCGUUGACAACGUCCUCGCCGUAACGGCACUCUGUACGUCACCAGACGCGGAGGGAAGUCGUCGGGUUCUGACCGAGGACACCGGAGGGCUGUGUGUGUGUGUGUGUGUGUGUGUGUGUGUGUGUGUGUGUGUGUGUGUGUGUGUGUGUGUGUGUGUGUGUGUGUGUGUGUGUGUGUGUGUGUGUGUGUGUGUUUGCUUGCUCUGGAGCGCAGGCUGAGCCUCAUCGACCGCUCCAGGGCGCCGCAUAAUUCCCCCCAUUAAGUCCUUUGGUGUCUGAAGGCGCCGAUGGAGGAUCUGGAGUCACAGGCAUUUUCUAAUGAUUUUGUACAAAAUGUGAAACGUUCAUCUGAAACUAAAAUGAAAAUAAAUUCCAUGUGGAUGUAUGAGAUAA